AUGACAGGCGUUUUCCGGCGGUCGCUUUCUUUCCCCAACAAAAUCAUUCCAAAUAACCGUCAGGCAAAAGUGCGAGCACCCAUGUUGUCUCAUCACACCAGAUCCAUCAGUCUCCCAACCAGAUCUCACCCCUUGAUUUCCCAGCUCAAGGAUCACAUCGCUCACCUUCAAUCAUGGGCGACGGCCUCUUUCUCCUUCUCUGAUUGGCUCUGCCAAGGCUUGACCCGCCUCAGAGACUUGCACCACUGCCUUGACGACACUCUCCGCCUUCCUCAAACCCAAGACUCCCUCCGCCGCCUGCGCUCCCACUCCGCCAGCUGCUGCUGGCUCGACAACCUUCUAGACCAAUUCCUUCGCUUUGUUGACGUCUAUGGAAUCUUCCGUACCUCAGUUUUCGCUCUCAAACAGGACCACUCUGCAGCUCAAGUCGCUUUGAGGAAGAGAGACGACUCCCAGAUAGCAUUGUACGUCAGAGCUAGAAAGAGAAUGGCCAAGGAAAUGAUCAACCUUGUCAACCUGGCUGGGGUUAUGAGCGAGGUUGUUCAAGUGACGGUGAUGGUGUCUCUUGCCCUUUUUAACGGAAUCGCUGCAGCACUCUCAUCAGGCGGCCCAACAACGUCAUUAUCAAAAUCGAACAUCUUGUCGUCAAGGUGGUCGUGGAUUAUAUUAUUUUCAAUGGGUUUGAUGAGGUGCAAGGAGGCCGUUGAGGAUGGCGAGUAUCAUAGUAGGAUUAUUGAUAAAGUAGUACAAGUCAAUAAUAUUGGAGUUGAGAGCUUACGAAAUUUAAGAAAGAAAGGAGAAGAAGAGGUGAAAAUAACAUUGAAGAAAAUGCAGGAACUGGAGGUCUCUAUCGCCGCCAUUGAAACUUGCUCUGAAACAGUUUUCAGGAGUUUGAUUUACGCAAGGGUUUCGCUGCUUAACACUCUCACCCUACUCUAA